AUGAAUUUUGCAACCGAGGACAAAUAUAUUCUGGGAUCGAUGAUAAUCUUGAUCGGAAUUUGUUUCUGGCAUGCAGCAAGUGGAAGCAUCGUGUUCAACAGUUAUCCAUAUCUAAGUCAGAAAAUCACAGAAACGCCUACGCCGACGACAACUCUAGCGCUAACAACCGUUACAACGACAUCAUUUGGACAUUUACUUGAUUACAACGACACUAAAACCGAGUCGAAGCCGAACACAUGUACGACCGCUAAACCCUGCUCGACAGCAAAGAAACCAGGAUUGGAUGCGGUACGCGUUGAUAAACUGGCCAUGCUGGCUUUUGCUUGCGUCUACGGCAGUUUCAACAUGUUCUUUUUGAUCAAAGUUUUCAUGGGUUAUCGUCAGACUCUUCAAGAACGCUACAAAGCUAAUUCAAAUAACUUGGUUUCAUUUGAAGCUUUUAUUUUCAAAAUAACAUUCGAAAAGGUGGUUUUCACUAAGCAAUAA